AUGUCUAGUCAAAAUUCAUUAGAAACGAUUCCCAAGAUCCUUGAGCAAUCAUUGAUUUCUCAGCAUUCAAAAUUGGCAGAACAAACACUAAGAUCAAUUGAAAAUGAGGUGGGGUUCUCAAUUAACUUGCUUCAUCUAGUUGCUUCCAAAAACCUAUCUGCUUCUAUCCGAUUGGCAGCAGCGUUAUAUUUUAAGAACUUGGUGAAGCGUAAAUGGAUUACCGAAGAUGGCAAUAACUACCUCCUACCAUUAGAAGAUGUGCAAAAAAUCAAGCUGGAAAUUGUUGAUAUUAUGCUCAAAUUGCCAAGCCAGCUACAACUACAAAUCGGUGAAGCAAUCACCUUGAUUGCCGAGUGUGAUUUUCCUCAUAACUGGCCAAAUUUGGUAGAUACCUUGGUUGAGAAAUUGUCACCUACAGAUUUUGUUACAACAAAGACAAUCUUGCUAGUGUCACAUUCCAUCUUCAAAAAAUGGAGACCUUUAGUGAGAUCAGACGAUUUGUUUUUAGAAAUCAAGUUGGUAUUGGAGAAAUUUGUCGAGCCUUUUUUACAUUUAUUUAUCCAGCUAGAUAAACUAAUCGACGAGCUGAAAACUAAUGAGGCCCAGUUGAUUAUAUAUUUGGAAAAUAUGUUGCUAUUGAUGCAAAUUUACUAUGAUUUUAAUUGUCAAGAUAUACCGGAAUUUUUUGAAGACCAUAUGAAUGAAUUAAUGGCCAUAGUUUACAAGUACUUGAACUACGACAAUUCCUUGGUUUUGAAGAAAGAUGAGGACGAAGAAGUGGAUGUGUUGAUCAAAUUGAAAACAUCCAUUAUUGAGUUGCUAUCAUUAUAUGUGACAAGAUAUGCUGACGUGUUUGACCCUCUAAUCCAGACAUUUAUCACAGCUGUUUGGGAUUUGAUAAACAACUUUGCUACGAGACAAUCUAAAUUUGAUUUAUUGGUGGUUAAAGCGUUGAAUUUUCUCACUUCUGUUGUGAAAAUACCAAACUAUCAGUCAAUUUUCCAAAGUGAACUGUCAGUAAACGAAAUAAUAGAAAAAAUUAUACUACCUAAUAUUAUGCUAAGACAGAGCGACGAGGAAAUGUUUGAAGACGAGCCUAUAUUGUAUGUUCGAUCAGACCUUGAGGGAUCCGAUUUUGACUCAAGAAGGAAAAGUGCAACUGAUAUCUUGAGGGAGUUGAAGGAAUUGAACAGCGAAUUGUUGACAACAACAGUCAUGAAAUACGUCAAUCAAUUUCUUAGCCUUUCAGCAUCAGACUGGAAAAACAAAGAUACAGCCAUAUACUUGUUCAGCUCGUUGGCAACCAAGGGUAGUGUAACAAACAUUGGAGUAACAUCAACAAACGUGCUCGUUGACGUUGUGGACUUUUUUUCCAAAAACGUGGCCAACGAUUUAGAAUCUUUUGACGUACAUCCAAUCUUGCAAGUAGAUGCUAUCAAAUAUAUCUACACAUUCAGAAACCAAUUGACAAAAGAACAACUCAUUGCUACAUUACCGCGGUUAAUAAAGCAUUUGACCGCAAAAUCCCACGUUGUUGUAUAUACUUAUGCGGCCAUUACAAUUGAAAAGCUACUUUCAAUGACCAAUUUCAGUCAAGACCAUAAACCACUUUUCAACAAAAGCGACAUUGCAUCGUUUGUUAACGAAUCGUUAACCAACUUAUUCAACUUGAUUUUGUUGAAUAGUAAUUUGUCGCCUGAAAAGUUGGCAGAAAAUGAGUUUCUUGUUAAAUGCAUAAUGAGGAUUUUAGACACUUGCAAAGACUCAUUCAAUGAAAGAACUGCAAUUAUUGACCAGUUGCUUCAAAUUUUGAAAAUCACUGCGAAAAACCCGUCGAAUCCCAAAUUUACGCAUUAUAUAUUUGAGUCGCUUGGACUAUUGAUCAAAUAUGGCGCACAACAGGACUCCAAAAACAUAAACCAGUAUAUGGAACAUAUUAUACCUGGCUUGUUGAGUAUUCUCAGCGAGGAUGUUCAAGAAUUUGUUCCUUAUUCAUUCCAAAUACUUGCUUUUUUGUUGGAAAAUUAUCCCAAGUCAAGCGGAUUGCCACAAACUUAUAAACCUUUAAUCCAGCCUUUGAUGUCACCAUCCGUUUGGCAAUUCAAGGGAAAUAUUCCUGGAAUUACAAGACUAUUGAUUUCCAUUGUAGAGCACGAUCCAAGCUUAUUUAUUGAUGCCAAUCAUUUGACCCCAUUGCUAGGGGUGUUUCAAAAUUUGUUAGCUAGUAAAGCUAAUGACUCAUACGGAUUCGAAUUGAUUCAAAGUAUUCUUUUGAAUAUCCCAAUGCAAUCAAUGCAACCAUUUUUGAACAAUAUUGCCAGAUUAUUUCUCACCAGAUUACAAAAAUCAAGAACGGAAAAAUUUGUAAAGAAAUUUGUUGUAUUUUUUAGUACUUUAGCAACAGCAAACUUAAGUGAUGAUGUUCAAUUCAUCAACAGUGGUGCUGUUAGUGGUGGGGAUUUUGAAAUCCAGUUGGUUGACUCUGUACAAGCAGGAUUGUUUAUGCAAAUAUUCAAUUCAUUCAUGCUCCCUACUUCAUCAGCAUUGGCUAAUUUACAAGAUAAGAAAAUCGUUAAUAUUGGUCUAAGUGUCUUCCUUUUGAAUUCCACCUUCAUAACAAACUACUCAACGUUAGUUGUUCCUACAAUUGAGAAAUUGGUUAAAAACUUGACAUUGUACGAGGGUAUUUCAAAGGGAAACUCUACUUCUACAUUUGGUGCUGGUGCUGGUGCUGGUGUUGGUGCUGGUGUUGGUACUCUGGCAUCAUCCUUGGGUGGUAUUAGUGAUUUUGAUUCAGAUUUCGCAGUAUUUGGGUCAAACUAUUCUAAAAUUGUAUCAAUUGCCAAUGCGCCUUUUGAUCCCUUGGCUAAAAUAAAAAAUAACGAUUAUGAAACUAUUAGACUGACAAUUGUAUCAAAUAUCAAAAAAAUCAAUGUAUCAUUUUUACAACAAUUAAGCGCAGAAACUCAGGAACUGUUGAAACAAUUGGGAUUUUGA